AUGGGCGUGGCUCUGGCAAGAUUAGUGCAGUGGACUGCUGCUGGAUAUGGAACCAGAGCCCUGGAAAUUACUCCUCUAAAUGAAGCGAUAUUGAAAGAAAUUAUUAUGUUUGCGGAGAGUUUUAUCUAUAAACAUCCCCAAGAGGCAAAAUAUGUUUUUGUAGAACCACUUGAAUGGAAGACAGAUUUGCACCCCUCAACAUUUGGAUCAGGUUAUGUUGUCAGUGCAACAACAGUCAAAUCAGAAGAAUCUGAUGAAAAUGGACAGCCUUUGCUAUUUCUUUCUGUACCGCAAAUUAAAGUUAAGUUUGGGCAGCUGUCAUGCUUGUUAUUGAUUGCUAAAGAUACAAAGCUGAAGGAAGCACAAGCAUGCAUUGAAGCUAACAGAAAUCCGGUAGCAAAAAUCCUGGGCUUAGAUUAUAAUACAAUGAAAGAAGACUCAUCUGUAUUAAAUAUUCUUGAUAAAUUAACCAAAGACAAUGAUACUGAAAGUGAGAUUAAGAUGAAGAUUGCCAUGCUACUUAAGCAACUGGAUGUACACCUCCUCAAUCAUUCUCUAAAACAUAUUUCAUUAGAAAUACCUUUAAAUCCAGCCGCAGUUAAGAACGAGAUAGAACUGCUCAAACAUUUCUCGGGAAAAGGAGAACAAACAAUCUUGGAAUCUAUCAAAUAUACCUCAGAUUAUGAAUAUUCAAAUGGAUGUCGAGCCCCACCUUGGAGGCAGAUUCUGGGGGAAAUUUGUUAUGUGCUGGUGAAACCACAUGAUGUUGAAACUUUGUGCAUUACUUGUAGUGAAGAAGGAGUGUUUUUAAAUGGUGGCAAAACAGAUGAUGAGGAAAUUAACUAUGAGAGAAAAGGAGUGAUUUAUAAAGACCUUGUCACAUGUUUAAAAGAAAAAUCAGCAAAAUUUUCAGAAAAUAUGUCUAAACAGCAAACUAGAUUUAAUGAAGAACUGCAAAAGGAAAAGGAUCAGCCUAAAGAGACACCUAAGAAGGAAGCAGCAAGCACCUUACGUAAAGCUAAUCCUGGCUCAGACAAGAGUAUGUUGGAGAAGAACCAAAUUAAUUUUGGGAAGAAUCACAUGAUCAAGAGAUUAAAGCCAAGUUUAAACUGGAAGACCACUAUUGGUUCCAAAGAAACCUCACUUCAUGAGGAAAAACAUGGCGGAAGACUUGAAAAGUCAGCACCAUCUGUUUCACCUGGAAAAGCACAAUUGGUUCGUAAGAGUGCUGACAAGGUUGAGGAAAUUGUUAGUGAGAGCUCCUCAGAGAGUGAAGAAGAUGAAGAACCACCUGAUCAUCGCCAGGAAGCAAAUGCAGAUUUGCCAUCGGAAUAUUGGCAGAUUCAGAAGCUGGUGAAAUAUUUGAAG